GUAUCUUAGCGUGUAUAUAUAGCGUGUCACAUAGUAACUAGCUCACACCACAAAUCCACCCUUGUCUUUAGUGCUUCGGUCUUUUUAUUUUUUCUUCUUCUUUUGCCUUUGUUUUGUUGCAGUACUUUCUUCACUCCUCAGUUAGUAGUGACUGAGGAGGAUCUGCUGUUUUCUGUUUGUGUUUUCUGUUGGUGUUUCAUUUCGAGGAAAAGGUUCAAUCUUGGCUUUUGGGGGUGUCAGAUUUUGUGCAGAUUUUCAUCAGAGUAGUUGCUGAGUUUCCUCACUGGAUUGGAGGUGGAAUGGGUUCAUUCUUCUGAUGUGUUUUUGUUGUUUGUGAGAAGCAAUGGAAGGGAAUUUGUCACAGGGAGGUAUGAUUCAAGGAGGGGCCUCUUUCGGUGGUUUUGAUUUGCCCAAUUCAAUUCGGGUUCAUCUGCAGCAAGCGCAGCAGCAUCCUCAUUCCAUGAACCAGCAUCAAACUCAUCCUUGCCUAGGCUCUUCGGUGCAAUCCUCAUUUCAGGAUGGUUUUCCACUCACGAUGGGAACCUUUCAGAAGUGUGAUCAGAAUCAGACACCGUCACUGACCGAUUUCAGUCAAGGAGACAGAAACAAAAACUCACCAAGUGAUGAAGAGGAGCCAAGUUUUGCUGAGGAAGGUGUUGAUGGUCACCAAGAAGCGGCUAGAGCGAAAAAGCCAUCGCCUUGGCAGCGAGUGAAGUGGACUGAUAAGAUGGUGAAGCUUCUGAUAACAGCUCUUUCUUACAUAGGUGAGGAUGCAGCUUCAGAUGGCGGUGGCGGUGGCAUUGCAAGGAGAAAAUUUACAGCCCUGCAGAAGAAGGGGAAGUGGAGAUCUGUUUCCAAAGCCAUGGCUGAAAGGGGUCAUCAUGUUUCACCUCAGCAGUGUGAGGAUAAGUUCAAUGAUCUUAACAAGAGGUACAAAAAGCUUAAUGAUAUGCUUGGGAGGGGAACCACUUGUCAGGUUGUUGAAAACCCUGGUCUGUUGGAUGUGAUAGAUUAUCUUUCUGAGAAAGACAAGGAUGAUGUUCGAAAAAUACUGAACUCAAGACACUUGUUCUAUGAAGAGAUGUGUUCUUACCAUAAUGGUAAUAGAUUGCAUUUGCCUCAUGAUCCUGCAUUGCAAAGGUCAUUGCAGGUUGCUCUCCGAAAUAGAGAUGAUCAGGACAAUGAUGAUGUCAGAAAGUCCUCUCAUGAUGAAGAUGAGGAAACCGAUGACCUUGAUGACUUUGAUGAGAACUAUGCUAAUAAUAGAGGAUCUUUGAAGAGAUUAAAACCAGGCCAAGGGCAAGAAGAUUCUGCUGCUACUUUUGGGAGUGCUUUAAACAGUCUAGAGCAUAAUAAAAGUUCAUUUCCUCAGAUGGUCCAAUCUGAUGUGAGUCAAGCUUUACCUGAAAACAUGAAAGCAGCUUUGUCACAGAAGCAAUCGGUUGAACCUCGUGCUCUUCAGUUGGAGGAGAAGAAGCUACAAAUUCAGGCUGAGUUUUUGGAGCUAGAGAAACAAAGAUUCUUGUGGCAGAAGUUUAGUAUAAAAAAAAACCGGGAGUUGGAGUCUAUAAAGCUGGAGAAUGAAAGAAUGAAGCUUGAGAAUGAACGCAUGGCUUUAGAACUAAAGCGAAAAGAAUCAAAGACAAUACAUGCAUGAUGCUCCUUUUUUUUUACCAGCUAUAUUUGAUGAGCUGUUUUUAUUUAGUUUAAAGUAUACAAAUUUGAUGGGGAAACUUAGGAUAGAAUGAGACCCCUAGAGAAUUUGAAAAAUCCAGUGGUUGGUGCACAGAGAUUAGUUAGUGAUUAGGCUUAACUGAAGCUCUGUUGCCUAUAUUUAAAUACUGGGUGCCUGAAAUAACUUUAAUAUUUUAUUAUGGAAUAUUAGAUUUUCAAUGUUA